AUGAGUGGAUUCAGCAAUGUUGUCAAAGGGGGCUGGCACCCCAAAGGAAAAGAAGGGGCCAAAGAAAGUUGGCGUGGUGACUUCAAGGGCAUCAAUCAAGUGGCGGGAUGGAUGGGCAAGGGCAGGGACCCCAGCGCGGAGCAAAGUGAACAUGUCUCUCAACCUCUGUCAUCUCUCAAGGACCCAUCAUCGUUUGGACCACCCCCGAAGCAUAUCAAUUUCCAUGGCGCGGCCGCGGUGAACGAGACAACCCCGGACCGGCGAGGUCUAGGGGCCCCCCUGGCCCACGAGCAGAUUGAGCAACAGGAUACCCGUCAGCGACAAAUGUUUGAAGCGGAGGAAGAGGAAGCACAAAAGCCAAAGUCCCCUCCGGUGCCGUAUCGCGUGAACACAACUGGGUUGUCUACAAUCAACCUGCCUCCUCCUCCAGUCCGACGCCUCGACUCACCAACUUCUGCUCCUUCCAUAAGCGCAAAGCCGACCGUCUUGAAGCCGAAGCCUCAACUCCCUCCCCGACUCCCUCCACGGAAACAGUCGCCUGUUCAAAAUCCGUCUCCCCCACCACCCUACGCUACUGGGUCGCCAUCACCCACCCAGGUAUAUGUGAAUCAGGAGGCAGCAUCCCGCCUCGCCAACGCUGGGGUGUCAGUUCCCGAAUUUGGUAUCGGAGGAACGACCGGCACUUCCCAAACCACAAAGGCCAACGAGGCACCUGUUCAGGAUUUGCAGUCGCGCUUCUCGCAGUUGCGCACCGAUUCAGGAUCCCCCAACAAGGGGUCUCCGCCGAUUCCAGCCCCGCGCCCGGCCAAUUCAGCGGACUUCCUUCCUCCAGCUCCAGGAUUUCGCGAUCGCCAUGCCGACACCAUUGAUAUAGGGAAGAAGAAAUGGGGUGGAGUGACGUCACGCUUCAAUACUUUUGUUGAAGACCGCAAAUUUUCGGCCAAUGCGAACAAACGGAUUCCUCGGCCGCCCGGGCCAAAUUCACCGGUGAAAGCCCCGACAGUAGCGCCGGCAGUAGCACCGACAGCAGCACCGGUGAGCCCGAACUCUCCUACUUUGGAGACCCAAGCGCGUAAAAAGCCACCUCCACCCCCUCCGAAGCGAGCAGAAAUGCGCGCUGCGCCUACGAUGCCCGGUGCUUUCCCUCAGGAGUCAUCAGUCCCGGCGCCACCGCCCGUACCUCAUAACACCAAACCCCGCUGA